UACUAUAUUUUUAAUACCUACCUAGUUGUAUGACGUCUCCCACGCUAGUUUUAUAUCCCCGAAUUUAGUAGUGAAAUCAUUUGUGUCGGUUAGCAUGUAAGUACUUACUUUAUAAUUAGAACCAAUGUCUGCAGACACUCAUUUUACAAAUGAUAACAAUUUAUCAGAUGACCCAUUAAAUUUACAGUGCUAAGGAAAAAAUAAAUAAAAUGGGUAAAAAGGGGGUAAACAAGCUGGCUAAGAUGUCUGAUGAGGAGCGCGCGCGGUACCUGCAGCAUCGCGCCGACCUGGAGGAGGAGGCUCGUCGGAGGAAGAGGGAGCUUAUUGCCAGGUUCAUCAAGAACAAAUUAGACAAGGAAGAAGCAUACAGUCGUAUGAACACCGCUAAGAUCAAUCAAGAAUGGCGGUACAUUUUGAGAAAGAUCAAAUGCAAGCAAAUGGCUUUGGAUAUUCAAGGCAUGAUGACCAGCUUCAACUUCAUGAUGGAGCGGAAAGACCGCCUGCUGAAGUUUCUGCUGGAAUCCAUCGAGGACGCGGAUGACCAGCACCGCCACGCCUUCCAAACUCAUACCGAGAAUCUUAGCUAUUUCCUCAAUAUCGGCACUGUACGUUUAGACAAAUUGCAAGCCGAAUACGACUAUCAAAAGAACACGCUUCUCGAAAAUUGGGACAAAGAAGAGUUGGAAAUUACUGAAAAACAAGAGCGAGCAGAGUUCAAACUGAGAAUCAUAACUUUCAAACAAGAGUGCGACUUUCAGACCUUCAAGAAAGAGAAAGAGCUGCAAAGAGCCACAUCUAAAAAUGACGCCAGACUUGAGCAUGAAGAAGAACUGCGCAGCUUUUGUCGUCCGAAGCAGUUGGAGAUCGAGGGUUAUUGGGCCAAACUCCGGGAAGUGUAUAACUCCUACCUGGAACAGCACAAUCCUAUCAUGGCGCAUUAUCAGAGCCUGAGGGAGAAAGACGAUUUCUACAGACGGGAUAUUGCAAGGAAUGAUGCGCAUAUACAGCAGAUGUCGGAAACACUAAUGAACUUACAAAAAGAGUUUGUCAGAAAUACGCACACGAUAUCGUCAAAGUUGGCAAAAAUGGCGAAACAUAAGGAAGCGCUGACCAAAAGGUACUGGCAGCUGAAGAAAAGUUCGAAGCAGGAGCUGAGCAGGGGUGGAGAGAAGCUGGCCAUUUUAGUGGACGCUAGCCAGGCAGCGAUAAAGCGUUUAGAAGAAGUAAAAGAAAAAUUGGAUAAGAUCUUACAACUGGAAGAGAUUUGUAGUAAAUUUGAGUACAAAGAGGACGAGGAGAGAGAGAUAGAAGUCGAAGACGACGGUGGACAGCUAGUUGAGUUUGAAAACUUGGACAAUGCGAUGAUUAAACAAUGCAAAGAAUUCAGCAAAAUGGAUAAAUUUAUGUUGAAAAUGAACCGUGUGAAGGUCCAGUCACUGUGUCUGAAAGCGGAGAAGGCGAAACUAGUCAAAGAGAACACGCAGUUAAAGUUGUACAUCAAGAGAUACUUGACCGAACUGGCGCUCCGGGGUCCAGAGCGCCCCUUGAGUGUGAAGAUACAGGGUGUGCAGAAAAUAGAUGCUACAGGAAAAGUUUUAAAUCACCCAGUGACCUGUAUAGAAGGAGCUUUAUCCAAUGCUGUGCAGCAUGAAAAGCGUAUGAAAAUAUUGGAAAAGAGAAACAAGGAGAUAGGAGGAGUGAGGGCCUACCCUAGGGUUCAAUGUUGGAUGUAACUACAGAAAUUGGAUGUAACCUUAUUAGAGUCAAAUCCCUCUCAACUUUGUUACAUCCCAUUAGCAUUUAUUAAGUUAUUAAGUUAAUUUUUACAUUACAUUAGAACUGUAGAGUUCUAAUGUAAUGUAAAAAUUAACUUAAAAAUUUGGCUUUGAUUUAACAACUAGUUUGCGCAGCACCUGCCUGACAUCAAAUUACUUUUUGGGAAUGCUAUUGCUGCCUGUCAACUGUUAAGGCUAUGUAUCCCUUAGCCACCUCAUGACAUGGGAAGGUGAAACUACAUGCCAAACUUGCUGACUUCAAUAAGUAAAAAAAAUGUUUGAGACAUGGUCUGUCAAUCAGGCUUUGGUGAACUAAGCCUGAUUAAAGACAGAGUAAGCAUAAAUUCUGUUGCUAGAACUUACAACACUCUUAACUACACAGACCAAUACGCAGUAAUAUUAUAAGUAUUAAAAAUAACAAUAAUGUAAGCAUUAAGUUGAUCUUGAUUUUAAAUAAAAUUAAAUAUAUUAAAUUAAAAUAAACCACAUUUUUAA